ACUCCUUUCUCGCCCUACACUUCUUAUAAGCAAAACCCUGACCUCAGCCUCCCAAAACCCUCCGACCACCGCCGUCAAAAGCCACCACUCUCCGUCCAGGAUAUAUAUAUAUACACACACACACACACAUAUAUUUGUAGUUAAAAGAAAAAUGAUAUCAUCAAUAUCAUGGGUUCCAAAAGGAGCCUCAAAACCUGUCCCAUCUGCAGCUGACCCUCCUUCUAAAGAGGAAAUUGAAGAGAUUAAAAAAGCAGCCCUCUUGGGAAAAGGUUUUGAUGUUGAAAGUGAGGAAGGUAAUGAGGAUGAUGAUGAAGAUAUGACUGCUGUUGAUGAAUCAACAGAACAGCCUGAUGAAAUCGAGCAGGCGAUAGGUGCAGCUAAUGCACUUGGUAAGGUUUCUACAAAGAAAACUAGUGGUGGCUCCAGCAGCUUCUCCGACAUUGCAGAUGGGUUGGACGAACUAAACAUGGAUGAUUAUGAUGAUGAAGAUGAUGACAUCGACAUAUUUGGUUCGGGGCUUGGGGACACAUUCUAUCCGAGCAAUGAGUUAGACCCUUAUCUGAAGGAUAAAGGCGAUGAUGAGGAUUCUGAGGAGCUUGAAGACAUUAUGAUCAAAGCUGAUGAUGCUGUUUUAGUUUCUACACGUAAUGAGGAUGAUAUGAGUUAUCUAGAUGUAUGGAUAAUAGAGGAUCCUGAUGGUGAUUCAAACGCAUAUGUUCAUCAUGACAUUCUUAUCCCAGCAUUUCCAUUAUGCACAGCAUGGCUUGAUUGCCCAAUUAAAGGUGGCGAAAAAGGGAAUUUUAUAGCAGUUGGCUCAAUGGAACCAUCAAUCGAAAUAUGGGAUCUUGAUAUUGUGGAUGAAGUUCAACCUUCACUAAUACUAGGUGGUUAUUCUGAAAAGAAAAAGAAGAAGAAAGGAAAGAAGACCGAGAAAUCUAUCAAGUACAAAAAAGAUAGUCACACAGGUGCAGUACUUAGUCUUGCUUGGAACAAAGGCUUUAGGAAUAUUCUUGCGAGCGCUAGUGCUGACAAACUAGUGAAGGUUUGGGAUGUAGCUACUGGCGAUUGUAAACUUACCAUGAAUCACCAUACUGAUAAGGUUCAAGCAGUUGCAUGGAAUCAUCAUGAGCAUGAAGUUCUUCUCAGUGGAUCUUUCGAUCAUACAGUAGUUAUGAGGGAUGGAAGGAAACCUACUCAUACUGGGUUUAAGUGGCUUGUUGGUGCCGACGUUGAAAGCUUGGCAUGGGAUCCACAUGACCAACAUUCAUUUGUGGUGAGUCUCGAGAAUGGUACAAUUCUUGGUUUUGAUAUCAGAACAGCAGCAUCGAAUUCAUCCACAGAAUUAAAGCCGACGUUUACUAUCCAUGCACAUGAUAAAGCUGUUUGUGCUAUUUCGUAUAACCCUCUGGUGCCAAAUCUUAUUGCAACUGGUUCUGAAGACAAAAUGGUCAAGCUAUGGGAUUUGUCAAACAACCAACCUUCGUGUUUAGCCUCACAGAAUCGUAAAGCAGGAGCUGUUUUUGCCUUGUCUUUCUUGGAAGACUGUCCCUUUUUGCUUGCUCUUGGUGGUUCUAAAGGAAAAUUGGAGUUAUGGGACACAUUAUCCGACGCUACCAUUUCAAAAAGAUACGGGAAAUAUGCCAGGCAAGAUAAGGCACCCGCUUCAACAUGAGUUUCUUUUUCCCUUUAGGUUUUAUGUUGCAUCACCUGCUAUACUGGGCUUCAAUGAGUAUGGUUUGUAUGAUGUUUUGAAAGUCAAUGUAAUAUGAUUUUGAUACAAGACUUGUUUUGGUGGGUAAAAUGUCACCUAGGGUUUAGUUGUAUACAAAAUGUUAGAACAAGGGAAAAAACCAGCAAAAGUGAAAGGUUAUAAUUUCAUGGCUUGCAUAUAGUCAUUUAAGUACUUUUUUUGCGAUGUAAUCGAAGCCUAAAAUUCAAGUUUUGUAAUUUUAUGUUUUCUGUUGAUAUGUUUAAGAAAAA